GAGAAUGGUCAGUGGCUGAAAUGGUGAUGGUGCUGAAUGAGUGCUACUUACGUCUGAUCCUUGAAGCUCAGACCAUUUGCGACCUUCUCUGCUGGCUUCCCACAAGCAAAGUCAUUGGGGAUACCAGAAGGGAAAGUCACAAGUUGCUCUGGUAAGUCUCCCCCACUGCAAUGCAUCAUGGCCUUCUUCUUCCCUGGGCCUCCCUGCAUUUGUAUGCAUGAACCAGACCUGCAGCCCUCCCUUCCAACUCAUGUAUGUCCUGGGUUGGGCAUCUCAGGACCUCCCUCAUCUCCUGCAGCACCCCUCUAACUCUUUAUUGGAGACUCCUGCUGAUACACACUUAACAACCCAUGUGUCUUGUGGUUACAGUGGUAACUGAUACUGCCUGAAUUGCCAUCAUUUAGCAAUGUAGUCAUCUAAUAUUGUUCUUGGUGAUCACAUUGUUUAGGCAAUUCCAGCCCCAACUGUUAUAACUUGAGGACUAUCUGUGCACCACAGUAAAACAGUUCCACUGGCCAACUUAGGGAAAUGGAAGUCUAAUUUAUUUAUCUCAGUUGAUGAAAAACAUUAAAAAAUAGGAUAAAAAUAUAUUUGUUUCACUACUUUCUGAAUCCAGGGAGUGGGGAACACAUCAAACCUGUUUUGUAUUAAAAUGUAGAGACACUUCCAUUAAGUUCUGCUUCUCUUCAGGUUAUAUGCAAUUUUUGCAUUUGGAUAAAUGGGUAGAUUGGCUGCACUCUUUGGGUUUUGUGAAUAAACCCCCACUGAGUCAUGUGAGAGCCUUCAGCAAAUAUUCUCAACAUUGAAAGGUCUCUGCAGCACCCAAAUGGGUGCCUGCAUUUACUGUUCAAGAUAUUCUGGUGGUUAUUUCACACCUAGUGAAUUGGAAUCACACCUGUUCACAUAUAAAUGAUAGAAUGUUUUUGGAAUUGAUCCCUUUCUCUGCCUACAAAAUACUAAUCCUAUAACACCAUGAGGCAAUGCUAAUUAAACAAUGAGAUCAUUUAGCAUUUUCACAUGCUCCAAUAAGCUCUAUUCUUUCCAUGCAUUUAGUCCUAUUUCAGAUUCUCCAUUCCUAAGUUAUAAAAGGCUGCAAUAGAAUAUGCUUAUCCUCCUGAAAUUCCUUCCUGCAGUCAGCUGGAUUAACUAGAAUAAACGAGAAGACACGUAGUAUUUCCUCAUUAAGACAUAGGAUCUUCGGCCGUGCAGCCUUGCUCAGUCCUCUCUCAGUGGGCAAGUUGGCUUCGCGCUCUUUCUUGCUGCCUUGAGUGGCCGCCGACCAGUUGAUCUUGCUCCCUCUGGCGUCUCCCCAGCGGUGCUGCAAGCUCCUGGGCUUUCUUUUGUGUGGAGCGACCCACCCGUGGAGAGUGAACAAUGAACGCGGGACAGGCGCUGCCGUCUACCCAGUCGGUGGCUUGAUUGUGCGAGCGAGUAGAAACUGGAGGCUCCUUCUGGACGCCUUUGCUGUCUCUCGCGGUACCAUGCGCGGAAGCCCUGAAAGCAGCACGGGCGUCCGUUGAAGGACACUGCGUGCCAGGCGAGGAGUGCCCCGGGGGUAAGCCAUGGGCGGCGCGCGAACACGGGUGCUCAGCUUGUGCCUCAGCCUCUGCUCGUUGGCGUUGCUCGUCACGGCCAUUUUCACCGACCAUUGGUACGAGACUGAUCCCCGGCGCCACCGGGAGAGCUGCGAGGACCGUGCCGGCAGCGCCCACUUCCCGGACCAACGCCGCCGACUCCUGCCGCUGCCGCACCUACCCUUGCGGGACGCCAGGCAACGAACCCCCCGCGGAGGUAGCGCGGAGACAGUUCCCACCACCGGAAACCUGCUGCUACAGCUAGAGAACUGGCGAACGCUCCUGGGACUCCGGUGGCUGCAAUCUCGGUGUGGCCGGCCUCUCUUCGCCACUUACGCUGGUCUCUGGAGGAAAUGUUACUUUUGGGGAGUCGACCAAGACCUGGAUAGCCUACUGGACAGAGGUAUUGCUCAGAGAUGUACAACAAUCAAGUAUCACUUUGCCACACCAAUACGACGCUUAUGGAACAUCCCUAUCAAUUUAACCAAGAUUAUCCAGCAGGAUGAAUGGCACUUGUUGCACCUAAGAAGAAUUACAGCAGGUUUCCUUGGGAUGGCAGCAGCUGUUCUUUUCUGUGGGUGCAUUGUAAUUGCAGUUGGCUUCUUUUGGGAGAAAAGUCUCACACAGCAUGUUGCUGGUCUUCUUUUCCUCAUGUCAGGCAUCUUUUGCACUAUUUCCCUCUGUACUUAUGCAACAAGUAUAUCCUUUGACCUAAACCGCCUUCCCAAAAUUAUCUAUGGUCUGCCUGAUGAUGUUGAACAUGGAUACAGCUGGUCUAUAUUCUGUGCAUGGUGCAGUUUAGGACUUAUAGUUGCAGCAGGAUGCCUUUGUACCACUCACCCAUUUAUUAGCAGGACAAAGAUUAGCCAUCUAAAAUCUAUCACAGAUUCUUCUGUAUGACUUUUUUAUGAUAUAUUUUUUUUGUUUAUAAGGCAAUAGGAAGAUAUAUAAGGAAGCUUAAUACAGAAUCCAAGCACAGAUAAAACCCAAAUCCUUUAAAUACUGAACACUGACUUAGCAGCCAGGAAACACAGAAGACAUCUAUGCUUCCAUGAUGGCUGAUAUAUCAAGUUCAGACAGCAAAACUGUUGUGGAACUGAUGGUAAUUUAGCACAAUGUAUAUGCACAAAUGAAAUGAAAUUAUUUCUACCUGAACAAGAAAACUGUGUUCAUGUUUCAAUUGCUAUUUGCUGUCCAGAGUCAUGAGGUUCAUCUAAGUGGCUAUAUAAAUGGCUUUAAAAAGAAAACUUGGUACAUAAGGUUAAAACAGCAAAAACACUACUGCCAUAUUAUCUAGUUGGUAAGGAUUUUUCCUUAUUUUAAUUAUAUUUUAUAUUAUUUUUGUCUUGUUAGGUGAUACUUAGUCUUUAUUAAUUAUUAUAAUUAUUUUAGUAGUUACCAAAAUGAUGUAUGGGAGAGGUUUGAAAGAUUUCCUGUGUAAGAAAUGAAUGAAUCAUUUGUUUUUAGAAGAAACAGAAAUAGGAGUUAGAGUAGAAUGACUUCCCACUUUAUGUAGGAAAAGUUAUACAACCAAAUGCCAUAUAUAAAAAAGAUAAAAUGUAUAAAAUGGAUUACAGCAUUGGCAUUAUUGGAAAUAAUGCAUAUUAUGUGUUUCAGGGUAUUUUUUUUUUUGUCUAAAAAGAAUGGCAUAUUAUCUGUUAAUAAAAUUCCUGAACAAGUGA